UCCAUUAAGUCCAAAACGAGGUCCAAAAUGAGGUUAGAAAAACAAUUGUUGUGACCUGUUAGUUAUCGCCACGCUUCGAUAGAGACCGGGUCGGUAUUUCGUUUAGCGCUGUUUUUCAGUGUUACUAAAGCAGUAAAAUGGGUUCUAGAAUAAAGAAAAUAAUGUUGGCUUAUGAAAAAGUAAAAGAGAAUUGUGAAAAUAAAGACUUUGAAAUUUCUCGGAUUUUUAUCAAUAAUAAAAAAACACUACCACCAAGUUAUUCUGGAGAGAUAAAGAUUGCAGGUGAGUACUUAUGAUAUGUUAAAAUCUUGAAUCUAAACAUAAAAUAAUAUAUUUUAAAUUAUUGUGAAUGUGAAUGUGUUAUUAACGAAAUGUUUUCGUUCAACUGGACUUAAUUGCUUUUUACUUAACAUACCUGCUUAUUAUGGACUUAAUUGAUUUUUGUGUUUUUAUAUUAGAAUCUUCUACGAUGAAUGGAGAUGGCUCUAUGGCUUCUAAUAAUGAAAUAGAUGUUAAUAAUGGUGGUACCAAUAAUCUAGUAGACUGUAACCGUUCAGUGCCAGAACCGGAAGAAGGAAGUUCCACAAUUAAUAAAAAAGUAAUAAUUGUGGAUAGCACUCCAGAUCUGGAAGAAAUACUGGCUUAUUCUGAAGAUAGUGACGAUUCAUUAAAGGAUCCAAACUACGAAGAAGAGAAGGCCCUUAAUGAUUUGGACCAUAGAACAUCUUCCGAGGAAGAUGAGCGACUUAAUACAUCUGGUAAAACUGAAAGCAGAUGGAAAACCAGUCAUCCAGAAACAUGGAAGUAUAAUGUAGCAAAAAAAAGGAGAAGUGACAGCUUGAGUUAUGAAAUAAAAAAACAACAACGACCAGCUAAGCAACCAAAACCAAUAAACUGCCAAACGUGUAGGUACAAGUGCCAUAAUAAGUUUUCUGAUGAAGAAAGAAAAGUACUCUGUCAGAGUUAUUGGAAACUUACCGACUUUCGAAGACAAAAAGAUUUUCUUUUAAAUUGUGUAACUGCCAAAACCCCAGAAAGGCGUAGAUACAGAAACAAUAAUAGACCCCCACGAAAAGAUUCCAAACAAUAUUAUUUUGAGAAAAACAAAGAUAAAUUGAGGGUAUGCCAAGCUUUUUUCCUAAAGACGUUAAAUAUUUCUAAUGAUGUAGUUCUGAAUGCAUUCUCACAUAAAGGACCAGCCGGCACCUACAUUGGAGAAGAUAAAAGAGGAAAAUCUAAACCUGGGAAUAAAACUCCUGACUAUGUUGUAGCUGAUAUAAAAUCACACAUUGAAAGUUUCCCAACGAAUGAGUCCCAUCACACAAGAAAAUCAACAAGAAAGAAAUAUUUAGAUAGUACUCUUUCAAUAUCAAAAAUGUACUCUUUAUAUAAAGAGAAAUGCGAGCAAGAGAAGAAACAAGCUGCCUCGUUCAUUACCUAUAAGCGAAUAUUUGGAAAAUAUUAUAAUUUAUCUUUUUUUAAACCCAAAAAGGAUCUCUGUCAGAUAUGCGAAAAAAAUAAAAGCAAGCCAGUCACAGCAGACCAUCAGCAAGAAAAUUAUGAGAGUUAUCUCAGUCAUCUAAGAAGAAAAGAAGACUGUUAUGCAGAAAAAAAGAAAGAUAAAGAGAGAGCUAUAAGAGAAGAAACAUUUUGCUCGGUAACAUUUGAUUUACAGUCUGUGCUACAAAUUCCCUGUUCAGAUGUUAGUCCAAUGUAUUAUUCGCGAAAAAUUUGUGUUUACAAUCUCACUAUUUAUGAAUCAGCUCCCCCAAAUAAUGCGUUUUGCUUUUGCUGGACGGAGCUGAAUGGGAAACGGGGAAGCUCUGAAAUCGGCUCUUGUCUUUUUGAAUAUUUGAACAAUUUGCCACUUACAAUAAAAGAAGUUUCGCUUUGGUCAGACACGUGCGGAGGACAGAAUAGAAACCAACAUGUGGCAGCGCUAUUGUGUUAUUUAGUAAAUGUGAGCCAUAUAGAAGUGAUUGAACACAAAUUUUUAGAGAGUGGUCAUUCCUAUAUGGAAGCAGAUUCGAUGCACAGUGCAAUAGAACAUGCGAAAAAGUAUAUACCAGUGUAUACCAUUCAAGAUUGGCUGAAUAUCUUCCGUAUAGCAAGAUCCAGAAGGAAUCGCAAUAGACAUAGUGAACCAUACCAUGUCAGAGAACUAAAAUUCAAUGAAUUUUAUGAUUUAAAAGCUUUGUCGGAAUUGCUCAUAAAAAACAGAUCUAAGGACAUUGAGGGGAACACAGUUAAUUGGUUGCUAAUUAAGAGUUUACGUUACUCAAAAAAGCAUGCUGAUAUAAUCGAAUAUAAGUAUGAACAUAGCAGUGAAUAUAAAGUUAUAAAAAUCUGGGGAAGAGGCAGACCACCAGCCCCUCCAAAACAAUUAAAAAAUUUGUAUAGAAACUUGUUACCAAUAAGCACAAAGAAAAAAGAAGAUCUUUUAAAACUGUGCAAAAGUGGUGCAAUUCCUCACGAAUUUCACGGAUGGUACCAGUCUCUUUCCUCUGCAAAAAAUGUUCAAGAUGGAUCUGUGGGAAUUUCUGAUCAAGAAAGCGAUUGUGAUUCCGAUAAUGAGCCUUUGGCUCAUUAUUUGAUCCCAAAAAGUAAAGGAGCCAAUCAAGAAAAACCCACUAACUCCAGUAAAAUUUAAGUUUUUUUUUCAGAAAAAUCCAUUAAGUCAGAUUAUUAUAUAAAAAUGUCAAUAAACAAUUUGUUCUUAAAACCCCUGUAUUUUAAUUUAGUCUAUAUUAGCCCUAAAUAACCCUAAUGUCAAACGAUUUCUUUUAAUACAGUCAAAAAAUAAAAUUGGAUUUUACAUAUCACUUCAAACAUUAAAAUCACUUUUUCUCACCUUUUUAGUUUUUGGACUUACAUGGUUUUCCUUGUACGCCCACGAUAUAUUUUAUUAAAAACUCAUAGUAUAGUAGUAUGAAUUUAAAUCGUUUUAUGUAUGCAUUUAAUUUAAUGUAUAUAGUUAUAUGUUUUUACUCUGAAAUCAUUAAAAAAAUGUCUCUCUUAAUGUCAGAAUUUUUAAUUAUAAUAAAAAGUUGUAAUCAUCUCCAAUGAAGAAUAUUAAUAGUUAUGCAAAAGGAAAUAAUUAUAAAAAUCAGAAAUUAAUAAUUUUAUGAAUAUAAUAAAAGACGUAAUAUUUAAUUUUAUAAUUUCAACAAGAAAUGUUAUUCAAAUAAGUUGCUUAUUUGCUUACUCAAGUAUAACACUGUAUAAUAAAAUUCAAAUGCUUAAUAUUAAUUAAUAAUAAUAAAAUAAAAAUGUAUCUAAUAAAUGCUGCCCGACAGCAUAUUUUUUUGUUUAAGAAAUACAGUAAAGUAGAAAUAAAUAUUGUUAUCAAAGCACUAAAAAAUAAUUAUUAAUAAUCCAUUUGAAGUAAAUAAAUUUUAUCCGAGUAUCUACACAAAGAUAUGAUGUCCAUCCAACUCAGUACAGAGGAAAAAAGUCUACUCCCUCCAAAAGGUGUCCAAUCCAAUAUCUAGUGUUUUUCAAACACCAACUUCAAGAACUAUCCUAUGAUAUUCUUUCCAAUUCAAGACAUUCUCAUCUCAGUUUGUCUUGCUAAAUUAUGUUUUCUUCUUGAAGUUACAAUUCCUGUAGCCUGACCUUGAGCGUAAUUUCAAGAUGACGCCUCAAUUUAAAAACUUGAGUCCAGUAAAUCUCGAAUGUAAUUUAAUGAUUCGUCCAAUAAAAAUAUUACCACAAUACUCAAAGUAAAAGUAAUAAAAAUCAGUAAAUAAUUAAUACCAAAUAUUAAAAA